AUGAGAACCCUUUGCUAGACAGAAAGGAUUGACUUUUUCGUGUGCAAAUAAGAGCCAAGGCUUUCACAAACCUCCUUCCCUCCCCUGAUGUUUUGUGCUCCUCUCUCCGCCCACCAUCCCCACCCAUGUUUCGUAUAAUCGUGCCUCAGGCAGCAUUGCCAUGCACCACCUGGGAACUUUGAGACAGCCUGAGAAGAGCGGCGGACUCAGAUCGCGGUCCUCUCCUUGUGAAUGACUGUUUUUGGGGCCCGAUGGCUGACGCAAACAUGAUGCAGCCACACCACGCUCAAGCUGCUCUGCUGGUUGAUGUCUGGGGUUAGGAACUUGAUCGAGCAGGUUUUCUUUCUUGUCAGCACUGACGACAUAUCCAGAGCUUUAAACUCUCCCCACUGAGUUUAUACUUAAAGGACAAGACUGUGUUCAGGAAAAGACGUGAGGAUGGAGACAUUCUCAAGAUCACAGAUUCUGCAGGACUUUAAUUUCCAAUGCAGCAAACUGGCAUCCAAUAACAACCGAGGCUUUAAACAGGCCUUUAGGCAGGAGCUGAAUGAUGUUGGGAAAGAUCUCCCCAGUAGAGCAGGCAGCUUGGAGGCCAACAGAGAAAAAAACAGAUACCAUUGCGUUUUGCCAUAUGAUCACUGUCGGGUGAGGCUUUCAGUUCAAAACCAGAACCCAAAUUCUGAUUACAUCAACGCAAAUUUUGUCCCUGGUGGUGGAUCAGAGAGGGACUUCAUCUGCACCCAAGGUCCAAUAUCCAACACUUUAGCUGACUUCUGGAGGAUGGUCUGGGAGCAAAACGUCAGCAUAAUCAUCAUGUUGACCGCUCUCAGAGAAAAGAACACAGUAAUGUGUGAAAAGUACUGGUCUCUGGAGGAAGGGACAGUUUAUCAUGGGCUGUUCCAAAUAACAACAGUGACUCGGAAACAGGGUCCAGAUUAUUUUGUUACUACCAUUAACCUGCGACAGAGGGACCUGCCAGACGACAGGAUAAUCACACAUUACUACUACCCGUUCUGGCCGGACCAGAGUGUCGCAAACCCAUUUUCUCUGUGUGAAUUCACUGAGCAUGUGCGGCAGCAUUUGGAGGCUCUGCCUCGCUUGGGGCCAGCUGUGGUGCACUGCAGUGCAGGCAUCGGCCGGUCCGGGACGUUUGUGACGUUGUUGUGGCUGAUGCAGCUGAGUAUGAGAGGGAUCCCACCUGACAUCAAAGGUGCUGUGAGGGACCUGCGACUGCAUCGGAUCUCGAUGGUCCAGACACUUGUAAGUCUACACUUAACAUCGCUUAAAUACACAGCUAUAAGGAUAUUUUAAAGCGAUAACUUGAUAAUUCACAACAAACAUCUUGUCUAAACAUUUUAAAAGGCAAGCAGAUCUAAUUUAUAUCCAGUUAAACAGAUUCUAGUUAGGUUCAAACUCAAAAAGAUAUCCAAGGAAACCAAGGCAAUUGAGUCAAGCUGUUACCUUAGCAACAGCCCCUAAUCUUAGCAAGCAAGAGGCGAUGGUCAAGAGAAACCUCUGGCUGAGUAGUAAACAUGUCAAAAUCUUAAUACCACAGAAUACUUUCUAUAAAUAUUGGGAACUUUCAAUAUACGGUGUUCAGCAAAUGGAAAGUAUCAUUCAGAUUAGGCUUUGACUGAGCCCCGCAACACCUUUAUUAUUCACUUACCAGCUAUUCCGCUGAAGAUGUGCCUGAUGUAAUAACUACAGCCUUGAACAGACUGUGAUGCAAAUCCCAUUAGAGUGAGCUUGAGUGAGCUUCAAGAGGCAUCACACAGAUUAUAUCCGAGACAUAAAUCGCUACUUUUGCAUUUCUUGUGUUAAAUCAAUCCUGAGCCAAAGACAAUGAAAGAGAGGUCUUACCUGGGCUUAGGAUAGCGGUUCAGGGGGCGUCAGAGGACGGCAGGGGGCGCUGGUGGACAUUUUUACAAAAGGGGGGCGCUGGGAUGCC